GCAACACAGGCCACCACGAAAGGCAUCAAGCAGGCGACGGGACCGAUGCUGCGCUGCAUUGCCCAGCACGCCGCUGCCGUGCCCCGUGCGCGGUAUGCGUUCAUGAACCGCUUUAGCUUGCUGCAUACAGGCCGAGCUACUCCAGAGGGUGCUUCUUUGAUUUUGUCCAAAGCGCAAGUUGAACCGGCAGCAGUCUUUCAGUUCCCGGGAGCAACGACGGGCGUCGCGAUUGCCCCGCUCGGGUAUGGUAGUCCCGCUUCGUUCAUCAAGGAUACACAAGUUAUCUCUGAGCUGAAAGCGGCAGUGCUGACACGCGGCAGCAACCUGGUCCAAAUGCACUUCACGUACUCAGAGGACCCCGAAAACGACGAGAAGGUGGGCCAGGUCGCAGAAAGCAUUGCCAUCAACGAACUGCUUACUGAGGACGACGUGCCGCGAGAAGGACUCGUGCUCAGCGCCAUAUUGGACGGCGAUGUUCUCGGCCAAGAGUCCUCCUUGAGUGUGCACGACCGACUCUCGAGUGCCGUCCUUCGUUCGCAUUUGCGACAAAUCUUGCGGCAACUCGACGUGGAGGUUUUGGACUUGCUCAUCGUUCGCCUCCCGUCCGCGAUCUUCACGCUGCCCUCUAACGACGCGACCGCGAUGUUGCACACUGCCGUGAUGGCCCUUGAAGGGGCUAUUGGUGACAACCUGCUUCAGGGGUAUGGCUUCGCCUUGCCAUCGACAUUCUCUCCUUCUCCCGAUGGCACAUCCGUCACGGACGACGACAUUGAAGCGUUUGUGGCGAAUGUGGUCGUACCCAACGUGAUGCCAGGCUGUGUUGCACUGCAGCGGCGCACCAAUUUGGUCGAAGGUCACCGGUUGGCGUCUGCGCCGUUGGUGCCGCCGCACGUCCAGUGGAUCGGCGAGUUCCCGCUGGAUAUUCACGUCCAAGUCGAUGGGUGCCGCAAGCCGCUGCGACUGAAAACAACGGACGAAGCGCAUGACGGCGCCGAGGUCGCUGCCAAACUCAAGGAAUCGUUUGGGUUUGCCUUGAAUGUGGAAACCAAGUACCACAACGACUUGUACCCGUCCCAUAGCGCCCUCCUCCCGCCGCCGGACGACGUCGCGUGGGCCCAUAUUCUCGCGGCGCAACACGCUCAGCUCAACAACUUAGCCGAGUGGAUCUACAUUCGAGAAACACAGAUUCAGCCGCGGCUGGAAGCGGUGCUCCAGCGCCUUCAAGCGGUCGACGUGUCCAAGGACUUUGCUUUUGCUUAUUCCGUCGCGAUGCGGACGCUGUUGCGCCAUUUCGACGUGUCCAUCGAGAUGACGGCAGCACAUCACAACGAGCGCAUCCUAGCUAGUGUUCUCGACGGCGGUGGAGUGCCAGCAAGCCAUGAGUCCCGUCAAACGAUCGAAGCGAUCGCAUUGCGUGUGGCACAGAGCUGCGAGGCGGUGAAUGUUGUCCUUGUGUCGCAGGAGGUGCCAGCGUCGUGGAUGGCUCCAAGUGACAAAGUGCCGACGAUCGCGUUGGAUGCGAUUCGAUCGUCUCAAGCGCGAUGGGAUGACCUGGAUUAGCUUGGCCAUGCUACGCUUUUCGUAGCCCCUCAUGGAGCACAUAAAUAGAGGCAACAUGACAUCGUCAUGCGGGCAUUUCGGGCGCAUCCUUUGGCGGCUCGACUUCGACGCGGG